AUGGCAUCCGAAGGGAAAGAUACUGGGGUUGACACCAAGCCAAUCUCGCCGAUUGAACGACGCAAUUCACUAGAAAAGCACCUCCAGCAUAGACCCGAUCCUCAAGACCUCAAGAACCGACAUAUCCUCCUCGACACCAAUGCCGCCCCUUCUCUUCAAGCAGCACAGCAAGAGCUCGAGCGGCAGCAGAACACAGAUAGUCUGAAGAGGCAUCUCGAGAAGAGGCCUGAUCGCGACGAACUAGUCGAGCGAAACAUCCUCCCUGAUUCAACCGCUGCGCCCGCUCUACAAGCAAAUCAACGAUCGCUGGAGAAGCACAUGCGCGCUGACUCACUUGAGCAAAAGAUACAGCACAGGCCCAAGCCGGAAGAGCUUGUCAAGGAGGGCAUCUUAGAAGAGAACGAAAACCCAUUGAAGGAUUAG